GCGGAUACAACACAUGGAUUCAUAUUUGCAGCUUGACUUCGUUUAAAUGCUACAUUCGAAGCAGAACUUAUAUGUAUCGGAGCCAUAAACUAAAAUAAACGUUACUUUAAUGAACAAAUGAAAACGUAAUUGACCAUAACAGAGAAGCGCAGAAAACGAUAUUUGGCACUAAACUUAAUUUAGUUACAUCGGCGCAAUGCCAAGAGCAGUAUAUGACAAAUCAGCAGGCUGCCACCUUGUGUGUUUUCGUCAAUCUCCGUGCUAAUUAAUCUUCAAAUAGGUUGAUAACAUUUUCUUCACCGUCAAUCUUGGUUUAUUAUCGAAAAUCAUGUGGGUUAAUCGCGCCCUCAUCAAUGCUCAUGCAAAGUAAUUACAGCAAUUACGCGCCAAUUUCCAUUUCGAAUGCAGUCCGCGCGAUAAUCAUUUACCAACAUAAACCGUCGCUUCUCCUCGAAGAUGUUCUCGAACAGGAUCUCAACUCCCACCUAACUGUCAGGAAAAAGAGACUUUGCUCUUUAUGACGUAAUUUGAAGAGAGCUGAAGCAUCUGUGGCUUGAAGAUGUCCACUUUGGAAGUUUGCGCCCUGCCUUUUGUGUGAACGUCAGUAUGUAUGUGUAUCUGUUGGUGCAAUCGAAGGCAGAGCAACUUCAAGGAGCAGGAGGGCUGUUUUAUUAUUUGAUCUGAUUAAUUGCCAAUGUAAGUGAACUGUAAGCACCGGACACUCCCUGAAGAGGUCUCGACGUUCCCGCUGGACUAUAACCUAAGACUAUUCUCCAGUUUUUUAAUUGAAGGUAAUAGUUGGAGUCUGGAAGAAAAGGCUGCGGCUCUGUCCCUUUUUCUCCUCAGCGGAGUCUCCGUGCAGUCCCCGCUCUGUGCCACAUUCAACAUUGAGUCAGUCUCACCUAAAACAUGUCCACCAAAUUGUUCCUCUACUUCUUACUUCUGUCAGUGUUUCGUGUAUGUUCUCAAACGGUCGCUUCUGAGGAUGACGAGUACGACGACGUAACUGUGAAUCAAAUGUUGGCCCCCAAAACCCACGAGACAGACGCAACGCAAAUACUAAACAACUUACUAAAGGAAUAUGACAAAAAACUUCGCCCGGACAUUGGAGUUAAACCGACAGUCAUUGAUGUUGAUAUCUAUGUAAAUAGCAUUGGACCUGUGUCAUCAAUAAAUAUGGAGUACCAGAUUGACAUAAUUUUUGCCCAGACGUGGACAGAUAGCCGCCUCAGAUACAACAGCACUAUGAAAAUAUUGACUUUGAACAGUAAUAUGGUCGGACUCAUUUGGCUACCCGAUACGAUCUUCAGAAAUUCCAAGAGCGCUGAUUCACAUUGGAUUACUACACCCAAUCAGCUACUUAGAAUAUGGAAUGAUGGAAAAAUACUUUACACUCUAAGAUUGACCAUUAAUGCAGAAUGCCAGCUUCAACUUCAUAACUUUCCUAUGGAUGAACAUUCCUGCCCCCUCAUCUUCUCUAGUUAUGGAUACCCGCAAGAUGAAAUGAUUUACAAGUGGAGAAGGAACUCGGUGCAGGCUGCCGAUCAGAAGUCAUGGAGACUGUAUCAGUUCGACUUCAUGGGCCUGAGGAACACCACAGACAUUAUUAAGACAACAGCAGGUGAUUACGUUGUUAUGACGGUAUAUUUUGACCUGAGCAGAAGAAUGGGAUACUUCACAAUUCAAACCUACAUCCCCUGCAUCCUUACCGUGGUCCUGUCCUGGGUCUCCUUUUGGAUCAAAAAAGAUGCAACUCCAGCCAGAACAGCCCUAGGAAUAACAACGGUUUUAACCAUGACAACGCUCAGCACAGUGGCAAGGACAUCACUACCCAGGGUCUCGUAUGUCACGGCGAUGGACCUUUUUGUCACCGUCUGUUUCCUGUUUGUUUUCGCGGCCCUCAUGGAGUACGCCACUCUCAAUUAUUACUCCUACAGUGCUAGAAGACCAACCUGCAACAAGACAAAAAGACCGAACUACUCCGUGCUGGAUGUGGGUCCCCCUCCCACCGUGAUAACCCUCAACAACUCCAUGUACUGGCAGGAGUUUGAUGAUGCCUGCGUGUACGAGUGCUUGGAUGGAAAAGACUGCCAGAGUUUUUUCUGUUGCUACGAAGAGUGCAAAGACGGAGGGUGGAGAAAGGGCCGUCUGCAUCUAGACAUUUUGGAACUCGAUGCAUACUCACGUGUCUUCUUUCCCACCUCUUUCCUAUUGUUCAAUAUUGUCUACUGGGUAGGCUACUUGUAUCUUUAGCGACCCUACACACCUCACAACGCAAAGACCUUAACUUUGUCCGAGGAGACUGAACCUUUUUCGAGAGCUGUGGUAAGAGGACUUCUCCAGUUUGUCAUGAUAAAUGAGACGACGCUACAGCUGAAAGCUACAACAGGUGUAACCCUUAAAGCCAGACUUUUUCUAUAUUGUCAGGAAGUAAAUCACCACAGGCUCUCUAUCUGGUUGCGUUUUUCUGGCAGAAAUCUUUGCCUUUGUUCUUCAGGUACCAGGAAAAAUGUUACGCGAUGUUCCUCAUACACAAUCUCAUCUUUUUAUGGGUGAGAAAGCAGCUGUUAGAAGUCAAGGUGCGAAAAAUCCUUAGGCCAAGAUGACGUGAGAACAAAAUGCCUUGCGAAGCAUGUGACCCUCUGACUUUUGGUGUCUCAUACGAUCCUGGUCGAACGUUCACAUGAGCGGAAAUCUGUCAUCUAGCUGUCAGUCAAAACCAGACAGCUUUUACGUAAGCAAAGCUUUCAGAGCCAUCUAUAGUGCCUUCCGCUGGAGGAGAAGCCAUCAGGCAGAGAAAUCUAACACAUGAUGGCAGGAGCAGUAUCUGGUGUUGACUGACCGCUGAUGGUUUUAUUUUGGAGUUUACUUCAAAUUGGUUGUAAACAGAGUCUUAAUGCAUUCGACAUUUCGAAAUCCAUUGUCACUGCAUGUUAUAUGAUAGAAUUAAGCUCUACCCUCAAUCAGCACAAUACUUAAUUGAAUGAGAAUAGAUCCUUUUGGAAUAUAAAUUAGUAUGUAGAUUGCAAAGGUUUGGCCAUAUUUCUAGAUUUUAUAGCAUAAUUUUUCCACACAAAACAGAGAGGUAAAUUAAAUAUCAAACGGAUAUAUUAAAAAUGAUAUUCAUAUUUUGUAAAUCAAAUUAUUUUGUUUAAUAAUUUAAUAUAUAAAUUAAUUAUACUAUUUGUUUUAAACAGCUUAAAUCUCUUAGCAUUAGUUGCAUGCAUAGAAUGGGUUGUAAUAUUCUCCGUUCAGCCCAAGUCGGCAUUAUAUUUACUAUAUAAGCCUACAUGGCUUAGACCAAGUAUUAAAACCAACUCCGUCCAAACCGAAAAUUGACACAUUUUACAGUUUCACAAGCCCCCCAGCGUCUUUUCCAGAGAUCACAUCUAUUAUUCUAACUAGCAUCCGACAAGUGUUUCCCCAUCUUCUGAAAUGGCAAUAUGUUUGGUAGCAUCUAUAACUUCAGUACUUGCGGGUUGAGUAUCACUACACACCUAAAGGGAUAGUUCAGCCAAAAAUGAAUAUGAUAUCAUCACUGACUCAUCCUCAUAUAGAGAGUAGGGCUGUCAAACGAUUAAUCGCGAUUAAUCGCAUUCUGUAUAAAAAUUUGUUUACAUAAAAUAUGUCUGUGUCACUGUGCAUAUUUAAUUUUUAUUUAUAAACACAUACAGAUACCCGACACUAAACAAUAUCAGGUACACACAUUUUAUUUCUGGAUUAAUUGCGAUUAAUCGUUUGAAAGCCCUAAUUGAGAGACAUUUUUGUCUUCUCAUGGCACACAAAGUGGGUUUGCUAAAUGAGUAACAGAACAUCAAGGCUGUGCUUUCUCAUAUAAUAAAAACGAAUGAUGACUGGGUCUGUUGAGCUCAAAAGAAGGUUUCUAUGCUUUGUGUUCCACGGCAAAAAAGAAAAAUCAUACAAUUUCAGAGCAACAUGAGGGUGAGUAUGUUUUUUAUUUUUGGGUGAUCUAUGCCUUUAAUAAUCAAUUAAAUGGAGUGUCGGAAAGAAUUAUACUCACAGUCAACAUAAUAGAAUACUAGAGUAAAAACCCAACAGAAUCACUGUGCUCGUAACUGAAGUGUAACCCACAAUAAGAUUUUUUACUGUGUUGCCUUAGGGUCACCUGCACAGAGCUGCUGUGAGAUGAUCCAUCACAGAAAGAUAAAUGGAUUAAUAUAAAGUAUCUACUUCAAAUUAUAGUCAUUACCAAAGGAUUCAUACUAGAUGAAAACAUUUUAUCUUGUCUGCCUAAUUAUUUUGUAAUCGUUGUCUUCAUUAUCAUUGAUUGAUUGUUGUAUUUACGUCUCAUCAUGGCUAUUAUGUUUGUGCACAUCAGUGGCAAUAGUUUGUUGUUUUCUUUCUUAAUAACAUAGCAUUCGUUUUGAUCAAUGAAACAUUUUUGUAUUUUUCAUUUGACACUACUGUGGAUACAACUGUAGGUAUCAAUUAUUAACAUUAACAUUUUAACCCUCAAAAUAAUUGUCCACCUCUGUAACUUUACACUUUGAAAUGACAUAUUUACUUCAUUUAUUAUUAUCAUUUUUAUUUUACUCAUUGAAGACGUAUGACAUCAGAAUGCGCCAAGUGACUUUGGAAGGUUUAUUAUAUUAUUAUUUUGAAGGAUCGUCUUGCAGUUUGUUAAUGACGUUCUGAAUAACCACAAAUGUGCUGUCAAUUGCUGCCAAACCGAUUCUCUUUUGCAUUUCAUGAUGCUAUAGUGAUGUUUUAUUUCUUUCGUGGCUUUCUUGAAGGUAUCGGUCCAUUAAUGACCGGUUUCACGAUUCUAUCCGAUGAUAAUCUGUGAGUGCUUCAUCAUGUUGGUGUUUUUGCAGGUGUUCACUUUGGCAUACAAUAAUUAUUAGCUGCUCAUUUUUAGUGGUGCUAGAUCUCUAAACUGACCUGUCAUCAUUCAAGUUAAUGGUUUUGCUCGUCGCACGUUAGAACUCAUAAACGUCUACAGUUCUGAUAAGUUACCUAAAGCCAUGUGCUGGAAUUAAAUCCAAUUAUACUUAUGCUUUUUAUAGUGGCCUAAUAAUGACAUCAGUUUCUAAUGACGAGGUUUUCUGAGGAAGGAAAUCGAAAAUCUGUGCAUCAGCCCUUGAUGGGGUUUAAUGCUUAUUUGGUCACUUUGGUCAUUGACUACUGGAUCAUCAUUAUUCACCGCUCAAGCCCGGGGCUCCUUACAGCGCAAUGAAUAAAAUGGCGCGUUUUUUGUUUCUUUUUAAGCAGUAAAAGAUUUACACAAGUGACCUUUUAGAGGGUGGAUAUGCUAUCCUUAUGAAAUAUAACAUGCACACACAGAACACUGCUCCAUCCUUCAUACUCUUUCUUUCUUUCUCUUUCUUUCUUUUUUACUCUCACACACAAUUUAAUACAACUACUGUAUAUGUUAAUAUCUUUCAAAGUGCAGGUCGACCAGGCUAAUGCCAAAGAAAUCUCAUUCACUAAUCUGCUAUGAGGAUGUUUCCCCUUUCACAUCAUUCAUUCUGCUGAAUAAUACUGUUGGGAUUUAUUUGUGCAUUACGCUAUACAACACUGUAAUUCCUCACUUGUUAGAAACCUUGUGUUUAAAAUGGUCAGAUUAGUAGCAAUCUUUAUACAUUUAUGUCAGUGGCCUAUUGUUUUUGAGAAUAGUCUUAAAAUAUAUUAUCAUCCACUAAGAGUAAUUAUUGCCCCAGUCUCACAAACACACUUUGUGCACCUCUUUUCACAAUAAGACACAACCUAUCAUUGUAGAUUAUUGCUUUGUGUUUACAAUGACGAUUUGCUGUGUAUUUCUCAUGUUUCUAUGGUUUGUGAGUGCUCACAAUGUGUCGUGUUGUCAGUGGGGUUGUCGUUUGGAUUCGAUGAUGAUGAUAAUAGAGGGUUUAUGUGAGUUUUGGCCUGUCUAUAAACUCAUUUCUAUUUCUCGUGCUAUUUUCAUAUAUGUCGUUCUUUUUAUAAACGAAAUGUAAAGUGCAGAGGUAAAUCAGAAGAUGAUAAAUAAAACUUUGUUUUCCUUUUUUCCCAUUUCUGUAUGUCACUGCAAUUUUACCUGCACUUUUCAAUAUAUUUACUAUGAAUUAAAGGUAUUUUGUAAGUAGGAAAAAGUUUCUUUUGCCAGCUGGCAGAUUUGACUUUUCUUUUAUUGAUUUGUUCAGUAAGUCUUUUUUGCUGUCUCGUCCAACACUGCACAGUAAUUAAGUCGAUUCCACAUUGAUUUCAGCAGCAGCCUCUGUCAAUAACAGUAUAUCAAAAUAACAACGCUUACAUAUUUUCAUUGACAUCAGCCUUCUUAGAAGUAUACUAUCCAGUACAAAAAGGAUUUGGAUUUCAUCUUAUUCAGCAACACAGACACACAGAAACUGUGGAUGAGUUCAUCUCAGUUUAAAGGAACAGUUCACCCAAAAAUGAAAAUGUCUUUGUUCUGUUAAACACAGAAGAAAAUAUUUUGAAGAAUGUAGGAAACCGAACAGUUCUGGGGAACUUUUGACUUCCAUAGUAAUUUUUCCUGCUAUGGUAUUCAACGGUGGUAAAAAACUGAGGAUCUAAAAAGAGGUUAAUGUUGCUUCUGCUGCAUACGCAUUCAUAAAAUAUAGAGUUAUUCUGAACCGCACAUAAAGACGGUUUGCUGGUUACAUUUCACAAUGUCAUAGAUCAGAUAUUACUUAUUUUAAAAACACGCUUAAAAAAUAUAAGGAAUAUCAAAGAAAUUACAUUUGUAAUAAUGUGACAAUUGUUAAAGUGUGCUCACCAACUCUCUUCAAAUAUAAUGUAAAAUGGCUGACACAAAGCCUAAAUGUAGAAAUGCUAUCAAGUUUAAAACAACAAAUUAGGACAAGUGAAUUCAAAGAAAGUGAAUUUAAAUAAUCAUGAAACUCUUGGCUUUGUCUUAAAUGUGUUCCUGGUUGUACUCUUGUGGGACCCUAAUCUCUCUAACACUAAACUGUUGGAGUGGUUGCUAUGGGAACAUUGUUCGUUCUGUGUAAUGAAGCAAAACCAAAGAUGAGAGAUGAAUGAUUUGGAGCUGAGUGUCUGACCUACUUUUAAAAGGCAUUUCAACUCUUAUCUAACUUGCACAUUGUAUGACAUGAUCAGCCCUUAACUACAAUGACCUGCAGAGUUUAUAAACUAUGCCAAUCUGACCAUCAAAAUGGCCUGCACAUGCAGUCAUCUCCCAUCAGUGUUCAUUUUUGUUUUUGUAUUAUUUUAUUUCUACAAUAAAUGAAUCGUGCUCUUUUUGCAAAACUGCAAAUUAUGUUAGUGAUCCCCAGGCUAGAGUAUUAACAAGUCCAACCUCUCUUAUCUCAGAAUAGCAGCAUCUCAGUUAACGCAUAUACAUAUACGCUCCAAACCUUUGAUACUGUGCAGGGCAUUUAUUUAAAUAUUAACCCAUUUUAUGACUUUACAUAAGCACAUUCUCAAUAAAUAUGUAACCUAAUAACAAACUUAAAUACAAUUUGAGAACACCCAAAACGCUUUUCAUUGCACAAUUUUUGUUGCCUUGUAUUGUGAAUUAUUAAACUCUGCACUUGGCUUUUCCCUGUAUGAAGAUAUGUGUUCACAGUUCACAUCCCAGGACACACUGCAGUAUUUUUCACGGUAUGGUGAAUUUUACCCUUUGUCACUUUCAGACUUAACAGUUGGGAACAUUUUUAUUCUCAAAAAAAAAACUGACAUGCAUAUUUUAUUAAGAGAUGCACUCAAUAUAAAACAUUCAUGUGUUCUCCUAACUGAGGUACAGCAUGUAGAAAGAGCUCUCAGACAAAUAAAAACCUGCUGCUGUAUAUCGCUGCGAGAAGACCACAUGACAAGAUGACAUUUUGCAUUGAGAAUGUUCACUAACAUGAGCAAUUCAAGAAUUUUACAACCCUAAAGAGCAAACACAACUAACUAAAAAAACAGCGUUCAGAGGUUGUACUGUACACGAAUAGCAGAUACUGUAAAUAUGGAGAGUAAAUAUGAAGUGUCAUGACAAAUGACUUGGUAGUACUUGACAGCAAAAUUUUGGAUUGUUUAGAUCCCGAAUGAAAACUGGAGGAGCUAUAGUAAUUACUUCUGUAAUUCAUUAUUAUUGUGUGGAACAACCAUGACAUUAUUUAGUCAUUCUCCAUCAUUUUCAUUUUCGUCAGUUCCAGACUUCUAACACAUGCUGCUGUUUACUUUCAUGAUAUGUUUCUGCCUGGUGCCAGAUUGUGUGAUGGAUGUUUGUGAAUACAGCAGGACAGGAUGUCACGGUCUCCCUCUCAUCUAUCCGUUCCUCUCCCAUAACCAAGCGUUUUGCCUCCAUAGAAAAACACGAUGAAAGUCCAUCAGCAGCAACAAGCCUCGACAUGAAAGAUGGGGUGGUAUUGAGUACGCUCUACAGAUCCGCCUGAGCUAUAGGCCUCCUCACUAUUAUGGUUAUGUACUGAACCUCCUUCCCAUCCCUUGAAAGCUUUCACAGUCCAGUUGCUUAGCUUUCUAGCACUAAGAGCCCUAAUAAUUCCCUCUUCCGUCACAUCUAUUAGGAGAAAAACAUGACCUUUGUCUACCCGGAGGAAAUUUUGUUCUAACAAAGAGACCAGUGUCACACAACAUGUUUUAGAAGUUCAGCUUGUUCCUGGUAAGCAUACCUGGCCAAAAGAUGUUUGGAUGUUUGGCCGUUUGUGAAUGACAUCUGAGAAACUUUGGAGUUCUAUAACUAUUUUUCCUAGAAUUCAUAACCUUGUUUGGAACACUUGCUCAUUCCGUUUUUUUGGCAUUUAAAAAUGCAUCAUCAAGGAAUGGACAUAAUCAGGUUCUCCAAUUUUUUAUGAAAUUUAAAAUUCUAUUAUCUUGACAUGCCAUGUUAAAAAGCAGACCUCAUGUGUUUUGUCUGUUUCUAUAGUCAAAUAUCUCAGGAUUGCAAACAUCUAACUCUACUUAGCCUAUUCUCAAGCAUCUGUUGUUACCAAGGCAACAGUGAAGACAAUAAGCAUAUUGAAUGAUGUCAUCUCUUAAAAAGUCAGAACUGGUACAUUUCAUUGAGAAACGUGUCCAAGGACUUGAAUUAAUUCGGACCAAUUUAAAUAAUAGACUGUGUUUUUAUUGAAAACUAGAUUUGAGGAGAUCCUUUUGUUUGACAAAGUUUUAUUAGAUUUUACAUUUCCAUUAACUUUACUUUUCCAUUUGCAGUACAGAAUGACACAAUGAAUUAAAGAAAAGAACCUGAUUAGCAAGUUGGAGGUGGAAGUUCAUUGUACCAACAAUGUUAUACAUAUGAAAUGAAUCAUAUGUUUCAACCAUUUUCAUGUUAUCAAUGGACUGAAACAAGAUCACUUUGUAUUUACAUUUUAAUCAGGAAAGAUGUUCCUUUUCUCAGGUUAUAAUGACAAUAAUUCAAAAAACAAUAUUUUCCUUUUCAGUCCUUGCUUUUCAUUAUUCCUCUUUUCUUUAUUUCCCACAUAAAUCUGGUGUUAAAAAUGAUCAUGAAUGAGAAUGUUUAUUUCUUACAUAUUUACUUCACAUGUUUCUGAUCUUUAAAAGUAAAAAAAGAAGACUUUGUCAUGCAGGCUACUCCACUUCCUGGUUAUUACUAAAACAGACAGAACAGUUUGGGCUUUAUAUUGGAUAUGUCCUACUUUCUUGUCAUAAUCAAAGUCAUACUAUAGUUACGUUUAUGUUUUUCUGUAGUUUUGAUAAGUUUGCUAUUAUUUUAAAUAAUUAUUCUAAUCAACCACCCUGUGAUGGCUAAGGCCACACUUAGCUAAUAAAUAUGGCUACUCUAUUCCAAUUGUUUUAAGUUUUCUCCUCGUUUUAUUUCUUUAUGAGAAAUUGAUUUUGUUUGUUUGUUUGAGGGAUUAAUUGUUUUCUGCUUGUUUAUACAUUUCUAUUCUUUUUUUUUGUUUCUUUAACAAUUUACCCAAAAUAUUGUGUUAGAGGUGCAUGUUGUCUUUAUGCGCGCAUUGAAGAUCAAAUAGCGGGACAACAUUUCAUCACAAGAGUGCACGCUAGUGUUUGAAUAAACCACAACUAUAGACAAAGAUAUGGGUUUCACAUUCUUUAUUUAUUUAUUUAAUUGUUUGAAUAACUGCGAAUCUUACCCGUGGUUCUGCCUGGAUCCGUGACUGCAGCAUUGAACAAAGGCCUGUUAUUAAAAGAGCGUGGCAUUUCCUGAUGUCCUUUAUAUCCUUUGCUAGGAAUUAUGGGAAAUGUAGUUUUGGGUACUUUAUGGGUCUGGAUUGUUUGUUCAUUUAAAUGUUUUUGUAAAGUUCAUUUUUGGGGUUUAUCGUUAUCAUUGCUUUGUUGAAUGUAAUUUAAUAUGUUUGUGGAGUUUUUGUAUAUAUUAUAUAUUUCUUUGAGGUUUGAUUUAUUGAAUUGAGACUGCCUGUAAUCAUAAAAUGGUUUAGUCUGUUUGGUUAAAUGGGUAGAAUUUUCGAUGGCUGAGUUAGUUGUGGUGAGGGAUCCCUGGAGAAACAUCUGAGGCCCAGAACUCAGUGUCAUGAUGGUUCGUUUGUUAUAGUUUUCCUUUUUAUUUUGUUUUCUUCCUUUCUUUUUCUGCACCUGUGUGACCAAUGCAUC